UCUCGCCUGGGAGGCCAGCGGAGCCGCUGAAAGCCGUAGAGGGCUGUGCAGAAAGGGUUAUGCCCAGAAGUAGACGUUUAAAGUUGGGAAAAACAGGAUGUUAAACCAGGACAAGGGGACCGCUGAGGAGACCCCUUGAGUUAUGGUAGGGAUGGGCCAGAGGGGUUGCAGUAGAGGGGAAGUGUGAUGAGAUUCUGGAUGGAUCUCAGAGAUAUAGAGUCGACAGGAUUUCCUGUUGCAUCAAAUAUGUAGCAGUGAGGGUAGUGAAGAGUCCAUUCCAUGGAUUUUGUUUUGGCCUGAAAAUCUGAAAGAAUGGAGUUGGAGAAGUCAGCUUAGGGAGCAGGUUUCAGAGAGGAUUACGAGUUGCAUUUUGGAGGGCAGAUCAUGGGUGGGUCCAUAAGCCUGACGCUCCCUUUAGAAAGGCGCAGACCUGUCAUAGGAAGGAUUCUGGCUUAUAUCUGCAAAAGCGGAGUUCUGAAUGGGUUAAGGAACUGGCCUACGCUGGAGACUGAGGUGUGAGGUGGUUUAGAUUUCUGCACAUGCGGACCCAGCAGCCCCCCAGGCCCACUCUGUGGAACAAUAGGAAGGUCAUCCAGACUACUGGGGAAAUUGGGUCCAGAUGGGGGUAGGGCUUUCUCACAUCUAGUCAAGGGCCUCCAGCAAGCUUCCAGCAACUGAAUUUGUAGCAGGCAGGCCUGGCUGCUGAUGGGACCAGUAACUGACCUGCUUGCUUAUCCCCUCCCUACAACUUAUUUAUUUAUGAAUGUAUAAAACAUUUUUUUUUUUUUUUGAGACAGAGUCUCGCUCCAUCGCCCAGUUUGGAGUGCAGUGGCGCGAUCUCGGCUCACUGCAAGCUCCACCUCCCAGAUUCAAGCAAUUCUCCUGCCUCAGCCUCCCGAGUAGCUGGGACUACAGGGUUCAUAGCAGUGGCAGCAAUGCUUAUGGAUGCUGGGCAGGAUUAUAUGGUUUUUGAGGACGUGGCCAUACAUUUCUCCCAGGAGGAGUGGGGAAUUCUUAAUGACGUUCAGAGACACCUGCACAGCGAUGUGAUGCUGGAGAACUUUGCACUUUUGUCAUCAGUAGGUUGUUGGCAUGGAGCCAAGGAUGAGGAGGCACCUUCCAAGCAAUGUGUUUCUGUAGGAGUGUCACAGGUCACAACUCUAAAGCCAGCUUUGUCCACCCAGAAGGCCCAGUCCUGUGAGACAUGUAGCUCACUUCUGAAGGACAUUCUACACCUGGCUGAGCAUGAUGGAACACACCCCAAGUGUAUAGCCGAGCUUUACCUGCACCAAAAGGAGCAUCUUAGAGAGAAGCUCACCAGAAGUGAUGAAGGGAGGCCUUCGUUUGUGAAUGACAGUGUUCACCUGGCAAAGAGGAACCUCACAUGCAUGCAGGGUGGCAAGGAUUUUACUGGUGAUUCAGAUCUUCAACAACAGGCUCUUCACAGUGGGUGGAAGCCACACAGGAACACUCAUGGUGUGGAGGCCUUUCAAAGUGGACAGAAGGAUUACAGCUGCAGCCAAUGUGGGAAAGACUUUUGCCACCAACAUACACUGUUUGAGCACCAGAAAAUCCACAUAGAGGAAAGGCCUUAUGAGUGCAGUGAAUGUGGCAAAUUGUUUAGGUACAACUCCGACCUUAUUAAACAUCAGCGAAAUCAUACUGGAGAAAGGCCUUAUAAGUGUAGUGAAUGUGGAAAAGCCUUCAGCCUCAAAUAUAAUGUUGUUCAACACCAGAAAAUUCACACUGGAGAAAGGCCUUACGAGUGCAGUGAAUGUGGGAAAGCUUUCCUUAGAAAGUCUCACCUACUUCAGCACCAGAGGAUUCACACCAGGCCAAGGCCUUAUGUGUGUAGUGAAUGUGGGAAGGCCUUCCUUACACAGGCUCACCUUGUUGGUCACCAGAAAAUUCAUACUGGAGAACGGCCUUAUGGAUGCAAUGAAUGUGGGAAAUACUUUAUGUACAGUUCAGCACUCAUUAGACAUCAGAAAGUUCACACUGGAGAAAGGCCUUUUUAUUGCUGUGAAUGUGGGAAAUUCUUUAUGGACAGCUGCACACUCAUUAUUCACCAGAGAGUUCAUACUGGAGAAAAACCUUAUGAAUGCAACGAAUGUGGGAAAUUCUUUAGAUACCGUUCCACACUCAUUAGACAUCAGAAAGUUCACACUGGAGAAAAGCCUUAUGAGUGUAGUGCAUGUGGGAAGUUCUUUAUGGACACUUCCACACUCAUUAUUCAUCAGAGAGUUCACACUGGAGAAAAGCCUUAUGAAUGCAGCAAAUGUGGGAAAUUCUUUAGGUAUUGCUUCACACUGAAUAGACAUCAGAGAGUUCACUCUGGAGAGAGGCCUUAUGAAUGCAGUGAAUGUGGCAAAUUCUUUGUGGACAGCUGUACACUGAAGAGUCAUCAGAGAGUUCACACUGGAGAAAGACCUUUUGAAUGCAGCAUUUGUGGAAAAUCCUUUAGAUGUCGCUCCACACUUGAUACACAUCAGAGAAUUCACACUGGUGAAAGGCCUUAUGAGUGUAGUGAAUGUGGGAAAUUCUUUAGGCACAACUCAAAUCAUAUUAGACAUCGGAGAAAUCACUUUGGAGAAAGGUCUUUUGAGUGCACUGAGUGUGGGAGAGUUUUUAGCCAAAAUUCCCACCUCAUUCGGCACCAAAAAGUUCACACUAGGGAAAGAACUUACAAAUGCAGCAAAUGUGGGAAAUUUUUUAUGGACAGCUCCACACUCAUUAGUCAUCAGAGAGUUCAUACUGGAGAAAAGCCUUAUGAGUGCAGUGAAUGUGGGAAAGUCUUUAGAUACAACUCCAGCCUCAUUAAACAUCGGAGAAUUCACACUGGAGAGAGACCUUAUCAGUGCAGUGAAUGUGGGAGAGUCUUUAACCAAAAUUCUCAUCUCAUUCAGCACCAGAAAGUUCAUACCAGAUAAAGAAUGUAUAUAUAAAGCAGAUGGGGAAAGACUUCACACAGAAAUCUACUCUGAUUUAGCAUUGGGACCUACGUUUUAAAAAAAGUAUUCUUGUAGAAUACAGAUAACAUAAAAUCUAACAUCUUAACCAUGUUAAAGUGUAUAUAGUUCAGUACUGUUAAGUCAUUCACAUUGUGCAACGACUAUCUAGAAGUCUUUUCAACUUAUGAAACCAAGUCUAUACCUUUUAAAACCUUAUUCCUCACUCCAGCCUCUUGACAAGCACCACUCUGUAUGAAUUUUACUAGUCCAGGUACCUUAUAUGAGAAAACUUAAGUUUUGGUCUUCUUGUGGUUUAUUUUGUGGCUUAUUUUGCUUAACGUUAUAUUUUUAAGGUUUCAUGUUCUAAUCCAUUAGAAUUUCCAUCCUUUUUAAAGGCUGAAUAAAAUUCUGUUACAGUCA